AUGGCGGAGCUGCAACUGGACCCGGCGAUGGCCGGGCUAGGCGGGGGUGGUGGGAGCGGGCUGGGCGACGGGGGCGGCCCGGGCCGCGGACCUCCCAGCCCUCGCCCCGCUGGCCCCACGUCCCGUGGGCACGGCCGCCCGCCCACUACCGCGCAGCCGCUCGAGCCCGGUCCCGGACCCCCCGAACGGGCAGGGGGCGCCGGCGCGGCCCGCUGGGUCCGGCUGAACGUGGGCGGCACCUACUUCGUGACCACCAGACAGACCCUAGGCCGGGAGCCCAAGUCUUUCCUCUGCCGCCUCUGCUGCCAGGAAGACCCGGAGCUGGACUCGGACAAGGACGAGACCGGGGCCUACCUGAUCGACAGGGACCCCACCUACUUCGGUCCCAUCCUAAACUACCUCCGCCACGGGAAGCUCAUCAUCACGAAGGAGCUGGCAGAAGAAGGUGUGCUCGAAGAGGCGGAGUUCUACAACAUCGCGUCUCUCGUGCGGCUGGUUAAGGAGAGGAUACGGGACAAUGAGAACAGAACCUCACAAGGCCCCGUGAAGCACGUGUACAGAGUCCUGCAGUGCCAGGAGGAGGAGCUGACGCAGAUGGUCUCCACCAUGUCCGACGGCUGGAAGUUCGAGCAGCUCAUCAGCAUCGGGUCUUCCUAUAACUACGGGAACGAGGACCAGGCCGAGUUCCUCUGUGUCGUCUCCAGAGAACUGAAUAAUUCCACCAACGGCAUCGUCAUAGAGCCCAGUGAGAAGGCGAAGAUCCUUCAGGAGAGAGGGUCUCGGAUGUGAACCCCAGAAUCCUUGCACGCCCGGAGAGCGGCCUGGCAGAGCACCCCUGUGGAGGCCGGUCCUGCCCCUGUACAGUAACCGAGCCGCUGCAGCGUGAGGCUGAGCCUGGCCCCGUGGAGAGUUUCUGGUCAAACUAAAGGAACCCGCACCCCACCCACAAGCCGAAGACUGAUGCAACUUCUGGCCGCAGAGCACCUUGUCAGAAUCUGGCUUUGUUUUCCUACCAGUGUUACAACAAGUCCUUACAACCGCGUCUGGGCUGGGCUCCCGGUCGGAGCCCCUGUGGGGAGUUGGGGGGAGGGCGGCCUGCCCGCUCCUGGCCCCUGCCUGCACUUCGGGGGCCUGGGGGCAAGCGAAGGCGGACUGUCCCUGGGCUGUGCCAUGUCUGCGCGUGAGGGCGCCCCGGCAGGCGUCGGCAGCCGGCCGCUCCGUGACUCUUUCCCUUCCUUCUAUGCAUCACAGACUAAUGUAGCAGGUGCGUGGGAUGCUGGCUCCCACUUGUCGGGCUGCGUCGGGGUUUUGGGAGAAGGGUGGGGUCGACAGAGUCCCCACAUUCCUGUGGACUGAGCCUCUGGGCACAGGGAGGGUGGAGCGGCCCUGGUUGCUGCUGGAGGCCGGGGGUGGCUGCCCGGUGUCCAGGGCGUUCAGCCGCUGCCAGGCGAAGCUCUGCCUCGUUUGUCCCCAGCAGCCCGGGCCCUCGGGUGGCUCCCUGUCUCCCGGGCAGCAGUCUGGGGCGGGCGGCGGCCUGGCUGGAUCUGGCAGGUGGGAGCUCGGGCAGUUCGUGUGACCGCGUCUGGCCCUUUCCCACCCUCCGUGGGCCCGUCUGCCUCCCCGACCUUCAACUGGAAGGAAGGGACUUCGGAAGUGCUGGCGGCUUGGGGUGGGGACGGCUGUUUGUCCCAGAGCAGCCAGGUGUGUCCGAAGCGUUACUUCCGUGACUGUCUCUAGGAAAUGCCUUCGACUGAACAUGCGAUACCUGUUUGUGUCUCCCUUGGUUUCUGACCUUGGCGGUCCAGCCCCACAGCCUUGUCAGUGACCCCACGCCGUCCCCACUGGUGUGUGUGUGUGUGUGUGUGUGUGUGUGUUUGCUGCGCAGUCUGAGGACUCCCUGCACCUGUUACUCCACCCCUCGCCAUCGCUUCUUUCUGUGGGGUGCCGCGUCCUCGGGGAUCGGACGCUCGUUGGGCCUGGGGGAGCAAGGCGGUGACCAUAGAGCCUGCACCUCGACCUUCUCGCUGAGCUUUCAAGUCGUGGAGAGAGCCGUGGCGCGCACAGGGCCCGGGGAGCCCUUGUGCUUCCCCUCGAUGGCUUGCAUAGCGUGGCAAACGGUCCAGAGAAGGGGGGCAGCUUCGGGGGGAGCCCCGGGGACGCUGCACCAGUGAAGGCCACCUCAAGCCACUUGCUCCUGGUUCCAUCACAGCCGCGGCCCUCCCUGCUCUGCAGCGCAGCCGCUCGCUAGGUGGGCCCGGGGUCGCACUCUUUGGAAAUGAACAUAGACUGUGCCAAACGUCUUCUGGGCGUGUGACCUGCCCGGGCCGCAGACUCUCACUCCAGCCUGUUUCUCUGUGUGUGAAGUAAGACAGAAUCGUGUGUACGGGGGUGUCUGCUGCCGCGGCGUCUGCACACCGGCCGGGUGUGCAUGCUGGCACCUCGGAAGUUCCCGUGCCCGAGACGUUUACAGCUGUAAAAUGUUGCCUAUAAUAAAAACGGUCACCUCUCCCAGAAGGUCACAAGCACCAUCCCGUCAUCUUUCAGGAGAGACAAGGAUUUCAUUGUGUCGGGGAAAGCUGCCCGAGGACAGGGGCCUGGGAGAGGUGCUCUGGCCAAUUCGAACAAUUCGGAAGGAGGACGGGCUGUGCCUGGCGAUCAGCCCCUCCUCCCCGAGCCGGCGGCGAGAGGACGAGAGGAGGGCUGGAGGACCGACGUGGGCCCGCCCCCUGGGGGUGCACCGUCACUUGGGUUUUGGACCCCCCGUGGGUCCUGUGGAGAGGCCGUGGAACCCCUUGCUGAGGGCCCUGAGCCGCAGGCAUGGCCAGAUUUCCUCUCUCCUGGAGGGAGGGCUGGCUUUCACCACGUGGCCCUCCCCGUGACAGCCCAGUGGCAGUUUAAGUUGUUCCAGUGCUCCAGAAACCUCAGGCGACUUGUCUCUCAAGGUUUCUGGGAAAGUGUUCCACCCGAACCCUCUAUGAGCCGAGGCAGUAUUUCCCCCAGAGCCCUCCCCCCCGGCAGAGUCCGGCUGGGAACUUCAGAGAGACGUCUGGCCAGUGGCGGGGGGGGGGGGGGGGGGGGGGGCGUCACGUGCCCAGGGACCCCCGUCCCCAGCCGCCCAGUGGGGAGUGUCUUCCCGCUCAUUCUCCGCCAGGCCUGAGGCCGCGGGCCAUGCGGGCCGGGCCCAGGGGCAGCCUGGCACCUCCCGAGUGACCAGCGCUUCCGUCUGUCCCUCAGAACCUGCUCUCCACCCUUGCCAGUGCGGCGGGGCCCAGCCCCUGCCAGGCGACUGCUCCUGCGCAGUUGAAUGGUCUCAGGGGCGGCGGGUGGUGCCGGGGAGGGAGGGGCAGAGCCACUGCUGCGGGAGGAUCCCUCCGCCCCCCGGUGUGGCCUUGGGUCCAGGUGUUGGGGACCGUGCCUGUCCCUUGUGGAUGCCCUUUGUUACUGUUGGCGUGUUUGGAAAGUCUGAAAUGUUGACUUUUUUUUUUUUUUUUGGUCAAUAAAGACAUUACACUUCUGA